GGGGGCGCGCGGUGACCGUUGGCGCUGAGGGGAGGAGGCAGGAGGAGCUGCCGCCGCCGCCGCCGCCGUCGUCGUCGCCGCUGCCGCCGCCGCCGCCGCCGCUGCCGCCGCCGUUGCGCAGAUCCGGGCUGGGGCUGUGGAGAGGGCGACGGGAGCUUGUGACCUUCCGGAAGAGGGAGCGAGGCCCAGGCCCGGGGGGGAACACGGAGCAGCGCCGCCGCCAUGAACAACUCGGGGGCCGAUGAGAUCGGAAAGCUCUUCGUGGGUGGCCUUGACUGGAGCACAACACAAGAAACGCUGCGCAGCUACUUUUCACAAUAUGGAGAAGUUGUUGACUGUGUUAUCAUGAAAGAUAAAACAACCAACCAGUCUCGAGGCUUUGGGUUUGUUAAAUUUAAAGAUCCCAAUUGUGUGGGAACAGUGCUGGCCAGCAGACCACAUACAUUAGAUGGCCGCAAUAUUGACCCAAAGCCAUGCACACCUCGGGGAAUGCAGCCAGAAAGAACACGACCAAAGGAAGGAUGGCAGAAAGGUCCUAGGAGCGAUAACAGUAAAUCAAAUAAAAUUUUUGUUGGUGGGAUCCCUCACAAUUGCGGCGAGACGGAGCUCAGGGAAUACUUCAAGAAAUUUGGAGUGGUCACUGAAGUUGUCAUGAUCUAUGACGCAGAGAAGCAGAGGCCUCGAGGUUUUGGAUUUAUUACUUUCGAGGACGAACAAUCAGUGGACCAGGCUGUCAACAUGCAUUUUCACGACAUCAUGGGCAAAAAAGUGGAGGUAAAACGUGCAGAACCUCGAGAUAGCAAAAGCCAAGUCCCAGGACAGCCGGGUGCCAGCCAGUGGGGAAGCAGGCUCAUGCCAAAUGCUGCCAAUGGUUGGGCAGGUCAGCCCCCUCCUACCUGGCAACAGGGAUAUGGCCCACAAGGAAUGUGGGUGCCAGCAGGGCAGGCUAUUGGUGGUUAUGGGCCGCCUCCUGCAGGAAGGGGAGCUCCACCUCCACCUCCUCCUUUUACCUCAUACAUCGUAUCCACGCCCCCAGGAGGGUUUCCCCCUCCCCAAGGGUUCCCACAGGGGUACGGUACCCCUCCUCAGUUCAGUUUUGGCUAUGGGCCUCCACCACCACCACCUGAUCAAUUUGCCCCUCCGGGAGUGCCUCCUCCACCUGCCACUCCUGGGGCAGCACCGCUAGCUUUCCCACCACCACCAUCUCAGGCAGCUCAGGACAUGAGCAAACCCCCAGCAGCCCAGCCCGAUUUCCCUUAUAGUCAGUAUGGGCUGGGUACCUAUUCUCAAGACCCUUCAGGCUUCGGGCCAAUACUUUGUUUACACUCUUAUGGUCAGGCUGAGCAGUGAUAUAUCCUAGCAGGUUAUGGACAGGACUUGAGUGGCUUUGGACAGGGUUUCUCAGAUCCCAGCCAGCAACCCCCCUCCUACGGAGGACCCUCGGUGCCCGGAUCAGGUGGCCCACCUGCAGGAGGAAGUGGUUUUGGACGAGGACAGAACCAUAACGUGCAAGGAUUUCACCCUUAUAGACGCUAGCCUGGGCUAGAAAUCAGGGAAUUCUGUCCACAAUGGGAUAUCUGGUACCAGCUGAAACCGGGAAUUCCAAACUUGUGAACUUGUGACAAUCACAUACUUGAUGGAGAACAACUUAAUAAACCAUUUGGGGGGUGGGUGGGGAGGUGGGGAGGGGGCGAAUGGCUUUUGAAGGCAAAGCUGUGGGUGUUUGGACUGCAGUUUUUAAAUAUAUUCCUUUCUCUAGCCCAUCAGCACAAAUAAAACAAAACGUCACUGGUUCAAACUACAGGGUUUUAAAAAAAGUCUUCAGCUUUAAUUCAGAACUUCAGGUUUCUUUUUUCUUUCUUUUUUUUCUUUUUUUUAAAUGAUUCUUCCUGAGCCUUUUGUUUUACCGUAUAUUGUAAACUUUUAUGUUUAAAGAAAAAAUAUACAUUUACAGAUUGUGAAAUUUUUAAGAGAAAUUUUCUACUAUGUAUGCUGGCUUAUUUUUUAAUUUAAUACAGGGUUUCCGUUAGUACUGGUGGAAGUGAGGGUCAGUUUUAAAGCCCUUACUCCUUUCUUUGGGGGUUGGGGCAGUUGGUCCAGAAACUCUGGGAGUUCAAAGAAGAAAUGUACUGAGUUUGGUUGUGGUUUUGCUUUUGCCACCUGACUCACCGUGGUAGCAUUGCAGGUGUGUUGAUGCGCACAGAGUCACUUAGGAAGGGCACAGGCGUUUAGAUCUGUGCUUCAAAACUUUUAAAUCCAGUUUGUGGAUUUCAUUGGGGGGUCAUGGAGGCCUUGGUGAGACGUAGAUUUUCCUCAGGCGGAGAGUUCUGGUGCAUUUUGCACUAACCAGUGAUUACCCCUGGUUUGAAUAAAGAAAAGUACAUUUGGAUUAGAAACA